CGGGACUUCCGCGGCCGGGGAGGCGGUUUUGUGUGUGCGAGCGCUGCGCGGUCCCGGCUCCCCGCGGGCGGCGGCGCUUGGGGGGCCCGGCCCGGCCCGGCCCGACCCCGCGGGCAGCGCUGAGCGGCGGCGGCGGAGGGGGCUCCCCUCCCCUGCCGUAGUGGGGGGCCCCCGCGGAGGCGGCGGGGUCCCCCCGAGGGCGCGGUAGUGACGGCGGCUCGUCCUCCGGUUGGUCCCCCCGUUGUCGGCUCCCCGCGCGGGGUGAGGGGCGGGCAGGUGGGCGAUGAAUGGGUUCAGCACCGAGGAGGACAGCCGGGAUGGGCCGCCCGCCGCCCCCUUUUACGGCCAGAGCUGCUGCCUCAUCGACGACGGGGACCGCUGCGUGCGCCCCGCCGGCAACGCGUCCUUCAGCAAGAGGAUCCAGAAGAGCAUCUCGCAGAAGAAGCUGAAGCUGGACAUCGACAAAAGUGUGAGACAUCUGUAUAUUUGUGAUUUUCACAAGAACUUCAUUCAAAGUGUUCGGAACAAAAGGAAGAGGAAGACGAGCGAUGAUGGAGGUGACUCUCCUGAGCAUGACACGGAUGUUCCAGAGGUUGACUUGUUCCAGCUCCAAGUGAACACCCUGAGACGUUACAAGAGACAUUAUAAGUUGCAGACUAGGCCUGGACUCAACAAGGCUCAGCUUGCAGAAACUGUCAGUCGUCAUUUCAGGAAUAUUCCAGUGAAUGAGAAGGAGACACUUGCAUAUUUCAUCUACAUGGUGAAGAACAACAAAAGUAGGCUGGACCAGAAAUCAGAAGGCAGUAAGCAACUCGACUGAAGAUUAACAAGCUUGGAAUAAAAGAGACCUUGAAGGAGAGUGUGGUAUUGUGCGUUUUAGGUUUAUGAAACUAUUGAAGUAUAUUGUAAAUUUUUUUUAAAUGCAGUGUCUGGAUGACAGAAAAAAAUAUAGACAUUCUUAUGAGGAGUAUUUGAAAACAUGUGCCCAGCAUGUUUCCGAAGACUUCUUCCCCUCAUUUCAAAGUCAUAUUGGAAUAAAGAAAUGAGGAUAAUGGGGAAACCAAAUAAAUCUGUAGAACUGUGGAGUUUGUCAACUUGGUGUUUUAAACCAUUUCUGGAAAUCUGCAUCUCAGUGCAAUUCAAAUGCCAGAUGGAAUUUUUUUCACUGAAUUCAGGCUGCAUCACAAACCACCAUGCAGUUUGUUUUGGUACAGGACUGGAAGAGCAGCAGAGAUAAAAUUCAUUAUCAAGGUGCAUGGGUCAGAAGUUUGUCUGAAGCUUGCUGCUCACCUACACAUGCUCUGUCUUGCCUUGAGUCAGUGCUUCAAGUCCCAAACUUCUACAAAUGCUCCAGCUCACCAGAUCUACUCCAGUGAACGCUACUUGACCAGUCUGAAAUUGAUGGGGCUUUUUGCCAUUUUUUCCUCCCGACCCCAUCCAACACAGAUACCAACCAGCUCUCUGCAGUCUCUUUUCUAAUUUCUUUUAAGAACUCGCUAAUUAAAUUUUCUGUAAGCAUUUAAAAACUUCUGCAUUUCUCUGAAUGUGGUAUUAAGGCAAACACAA